GCUCGUGCACUACCCUCGAGCCAGGCUCGCGCUUAUAGGCGCGUUCACGUUGUGUAUUGAGUGUGUGAGCGAGACCAACACUUCAUCAUCACAGUCCAGUUUGUACCCGACGCUGACCUACCCCCAGCUACUGCAAUGGCCUCCGGUGUGAAAGUCACAGAUGAAGUUAUCGCAGUCUUCAAUGACAUGAAGGUGCGUAAGGCUCAGGCGAACGAGGAUGAGAAGAGGAAGAGGAAGAAGGCCAUUCUGUUCUGCAUCAGCAAGGACCUCAAGAACAUUGUUCUUGAUGAAGACAAAGAGAUUCUGCUGGGUGACUUGGGAACCACCGUCCAGGACCCAUACCAGCACUUUGUGAAGAUGCUGCCCCCAGACGACUGCCGCUACGCCCUGUAUGACGCCACCUAUGAGACCAAAGAAACAAAGAAGGAAGACCUGGUCUUUAUCUUCUGGGCUCCAGAAAGUGCCCCCUUGAAGAGCAAGAUGAUCUAUGCCAGCUCAAAAGAUGCAAUCAAGAGAAAAUUUGAAGGUAUUAAGCACGAGUGGCAGGUGAAUGGUUUGGAAGACCUCAAAGACCGGCACACCCUGGCAGAAAAGCUUGGCGGCUCGUCAGUAGUCAGCCUGGAAGGAUCCCCUAUAUAAAUAUUGCCCCUCCCUCUCCCCUCUCUCUGGCUUCGAUCGAGGCCUUUCAGACACAUCUGUUGGGUUUAGCUGUUCAUUCCAGUGUGGUUUGGAGAAGGGCAAAAGCAGAACCAGCACCAAUUGCAGGACUCUCUGGGUGGGAUAUUGUGGGUGGGUUUUGGGUCAAGUGACAGACAAAAAAAUAAAUAAAUUCCACAAAUGCAGACUGUCAUUCCAGUUCACGCAACAUAAAGAAUAUGAACAAAACACAUACUAAGAAAAAAAAAAACAUUAAGAUACAACUGAGGAAGGAUGAUGAUACUAAAAUACACAUAUUGUUCAUGUUUAAGGACGGGGUUUUGUUCUCUCCAGGUUCCAUUUGAAUGAUUGCAGAGAAAGGGACAGGCAAAAAACUUUAGUUUUCCAACAAUCAAAUCCUGACAAAUAAUUGUUCCAACUACAUUUAUUUUUUUUGCCAAACUUCUAGUUAAGUUUUGUAAGUGUGUAGUUGAGACUAGGUGUAGUAUGAACUAAUUCACUCUUGAUCGCACAAGAUGUAACAAAACUUUCUCUGGGGGAACACGGUUAAAUAUAUAUAUUUUUCUUUUGUUGUUUUGUUUUAUCUUUCUUUUUAAACAUGCAAAUUCCAAAACAUGUGUGAUUCCUUUUUAUUUCCAGUUCUGGGUCAGAAAACCAUGGCAUUUGAUGUAGUAAACGGACAACAUUCCUUGUACCUGUUUAAAAACCAGGAUCCUCUUGAUUUAAAAUCUUUGGUGUUAUGAAGGUCUGAUGGGGAGCGAUGUGUAUAUGAAAGACCAGCGGUCAGAGUUAAGACUGAAUAUUGAAUGGUGGAUGUUUUGUAUCGUCUCCUUAUCUCUAAUAAAAAGCACUAAACUACU